GACCGCGAUCCGCGCCGCGUUCGUCAGUCGCGCGUCCGCUUCUGACCCAGUGUGACUCGUCGAACUUGGGUCCGGCAUCCGGUGUCUUGUUCGCACCUGUCCUAUCUGCUAUUCACAAAAAUUAAUCGCCUCGAAACUCAAUACGAGUUCCGCGCCAAACGACUUUUAUAAAACUUCAUUUUUUUUCUCGGAAAUUGUUUUUAAAAAAAAAAAACAACAAUAACAAUGUUUGCUGUAAUCUCGUGAGGAAAUAAACGUUAAUAAAAUUUCUAAUUGGAAGAGAGAAAAAAAAAACAGCAACAACAUCAAAGUGUUUAUGGAUUAAACUUGAAACAAAAAAAUUCAAAAAAAAAAAAGAAGAAUAAGAGUGAUUGUGUUUUAUUAAUUUAAAAAAAAUUGUUUUUUUUUUUCAAAACGGGGUUUUGUGUGUGGGUAUGAAUCGUUGUUGGCAACAACGCGGAGGAGUUUUUGUGAGCGUUUACUUCUUGGGUUGUCGCGAGUGUUGACCGGAAAUACAAUUGCCACGAUACUACUAUUGUGCUUGUUGUUUUAAAAGUAGUUGGAGUGGGGGGAAAAUUUUUCAGAGGUGAUUUCGAUUGCGAUUUAAAACGAAAUAAAUAUAGGACCAUGGAUGUGCUACCGAGUGGCAAUAUAUUCAGGGAAUUGCAGGACAUUCAUGAUACCGGUUACUUCUCAGCGCCGUCAUCCUUGGAGGAUCGCUGGCAACAGACAUGUUAUGAAAUGGAAGCGUUCCUUCAAGAUGAACCCAAAAAGAACAACUGGUUAACAUCGAGUAGUAGCGGUUGGGAUUCCGUAGAUAUCCAAAUGGAAGAAUUAAGACACAACCAUCUAGAUUCAUUAAGUACAAGUCCAACAAGCUCGAUGUGCUCAUUUGCGUCACUCUCCUGCGACGUCCUCGUCAAACAGGAACCUAUCGACGACGACGAUGAUUUUGAAGAUGGUUACGAAGAACGACAUCGAAGAGAAAGUAGUGAAGCUCUCCAGCUAAGGCUAGGGGCCCUUAAGUCGACGUUAACACCCCCGAGUAGCCCCGAGUCGGGGCAAGGACAUAGCAAUGAAAGCUCUAGUGCUAGCGACGUCGACGUAACGACGCACCGGAUCAACUCGACGAAGAGUAACCUGGUGAGGUUAAAGGGCAGAGACCAUCAUCAUGUGCCGAGUCUCGGUUACAUGAUGAUUUCGAGGGUGAGUGCAUCUCCCGCUUCACCAGCGUCCGGCGUUACCAAGCACUCAAGGCUCGAUCAUUCACCGGACUCGAAGAGGAGGAUACACAAGUGCCAAUUCCUCGGGUGCAAGAAGGUCUAUACGAAGAGUUCGCAUCUGAAGGCUCACCAACGAACCCACACAGGCGAGAAACCUUACAAGUGUUCGUGGGAGGGUUGCGAGUGGAGAUUCGCGAGAUCGGACGAAUUAACCCGUCACUACCGUAAACACACGGGUGCGAAACCGUUCAAAUGCCGCCACUGCGAUCGUUGCUUCAGUCGUUCGGAUCACUUGGCCCUACACAUGAAGCGUCACAAUUAGGCGAUCGAAUUAAAUCGAUCGCCGAACCACUGCCAAGUUACCGAUAGAUUUGUACAUAGUUCUUAGGAGGGUGUGUGGACGUUGCUCGUGCGCGACGGGACGCCGAUCGUCCGUUCGUUUUUGUCUGGUUCGUUUCCGUCUUGUUUUCACACAUAUAGAGCGAGGAUACUUUCCUCAGUGAUGUUCAAUCCUGUGAUCGACAACGGAUUACAUACAUAAAAUAACACAUAUUAGAGAGAAAGAGUGUUUAUUAUCGACCUUUUUAGUAGUUAUAAAACUAUCGUCGUGAGUUCUUCUCACCUUCUUUAUCUAUAACAUACCAUCUAUUGAUUGGGAAUUAAAAAUACAAGUCAAAAUGGUGCAAUAUCUAUAUGAUUAUGGAAACAAAAAACGCUAAGCUCUAUUUAUAUUGAAAUUAAGAACAUUAUGAAAACUAUUUUCUUUGCUCUUUAUUUAUUGUUAUAACUUCAAGAACAUUCUGUAUAAUUGAAAACAAUAAAUUUCGCAAAUUACAACAAAACGACAAUAAAGCGUCAGUGAGUUCAAGUUACUCUUAAUUAGAAAUUAGUGUAAAACCCGAUGUCGAGCACAUCCAAAUAUUAAUUAACCGUACAUGUUUAUAGAUAAUUAUAUACAUGUACGAAACGAGGGUCGGACAAGGUAUGCUUUUUGAUGAAAACAAAGCAAUAACGGUUUUGCAACCGGCGGCUAUACGCUUUUGUUUCCAUGGUGACGUGUGCAAUAUGAUGGUUUGAUAAAAAUUGAAAAAGAUGGAUAAGAAGGAGUCGCGACGAACAUUUUUUUUUCUAGCUGAUUCUUCUCUUGCGUUGUGUUUUCAUCUUUAGAUAGUCACCGUACGAAUGUGUCAAAAGUAUUAAAUCAAAGACUGUGCUGGCGCACGUGCCGAAAGCGCUACGAUAGGCUGUAAGCCCGAAGAAUCAAAAAGAAAAUAAAAUAAAAUGAAAAAACACACACACAUACACAAUGGGAAUAUCGAGGAGAA